AAACAAGGGUGUAAAGGCAGAAGUGCACUACUGCUCAAUAUGUCACAGGUCUAUACGCAGCCAUGAACAUCAACUGAAAUCUAACAAACGAGACCUGGACCCGAGCAACACAACAGCUACGCUAAGAGGAAGACUGAGUAAACUACAAACAUGGGUGAGUCGAGCAUAUGCCAGGUGCGGGCCACAGUGAUGCUUUACGACGACAGCAGUAAGCGCUGGGUUCCCUCUGGCUCGGACUCUCCUGCUCUGAGUCGGGUUCACAUCUACCACAACCCCUCAACCCACACCUUCAGAGUGGUGGGACGUAAGCUCCAGGCCGACCAGCAGGUGGUGAUAAACUGUCCAAUCAUAAAGGGUAUGAAGUACAACCAGGCCACCCCAAACUUCCACCAGUGGAGAGACCCGAAGCAGGUCUGGGGUCUGAACUUCAGCAGCAAAGAGGACGGAGCCACCUUCUCUAAAGCCAUGACAUAUGCUCUGGACGCUCUCAGUGGCCCCGCCCCUCCAGUUCAAAAUGGACCUUCUGCCCAGGAGCUGGAGCAUCAGAGACGAUUAGAACAGCAGAGACAGGAGCAAGAGCGAGCAGCCCGAGAGAGACAGGCCUCCGCUCCCCCACCUGCACCUGCUGCUCCACCAGCUCCCCCUGCCCCUCCUGCUCCUCCUGCUCCUCCUCCUGCCCCCGGCUCUCCUGCCGUUCCCAUCCCUCCUUCCUCAGACCCCACUCCGUCAGGGGUACCCACGCCGCCCCCUCCUGCCUCUGGUGGAGGAGGGCCACCUCCACCCCCUCCUCCCCCUCCUCCUCCUGCUGCAGGAGGUGGAGGUGGUGGGGGGUCGAGUGACCUGGCUGCAGCUUUGGCAGGGGCAAAACUCCGCAAAUCUGCUCCAAAGGAUGAUGCAGCCCCACCCAAACCGGCGCCCUCUUCUGGUGGAGGAGGAGGCGGCGGUGACCUAAUGGGAGAGAUGAGUGCCAUUCUAGCCAGAAGGAGGAAGGCUUCAAAUAACCCAACACCGAAAAAGGAAGAACCGCAAAAUGACAAUAAUGAGUCAGCGCCCAAAAUGUUCUCAGGAGCAGAAGAAGGCAGGGACAAAGCUGCCACUAUGCCCAGGCCCAAACCCUCGGCCAACAGAGAUGCGAGUCCGACCACCUCGUCUCCAUCUACUACUCCUCUGUCCAGGUUGAAGAUGACAAAGAGGAACUCUGAAGAUUCUGGAAGCACUGGGCUGGAUUUAGAUAGACUAAAACAGGAGAUUCUUGAUGAAGUGAAGAAGGAACUGCACAAAGUCAAGGAGGAGAUAAUAACAGCUUUGACUCAGCAGCUUCAGAUAGAGACACAGAACAUUGUGUGAUCUGACCAUUUUCACUCAAGUUUUAUUUUGUAUGUUUUUUUUUACAUAGAUUUAUGGAGAUUUUUAUGUGUCAUUUUCAACAAAAAAACAUGCUAAUGUCUCAUAAUUUAUGUCAGUUAUAUGAGUUAAACAUUCAGCAAUUUUUUUAUUUAUAUUUGAAUUGACCUGUAACCUGAACAAUAUCAAGAGAGUCAAGUGUUUCUGUACUGUACUUUUGAAAUGAUACAAGAAAUAAAUAUAUCCAAAUUUUUUUUUUUUUUUAGCUUACAACUUUUAUACUUUAUUCUCACUGUCCUUAGAAUUACACACACAGGUACGAGACCGUUUGGCUCACAUGUUACCAGGCAAAUUUUAUGAUCCAGUCAAAUGCAUUUAAAGGUUGUUCACCUUGUGAUGUCAUGAAGUUGUAGUUUUCAAGUUAACAGCUCCUUUUACCUUUUGUUUAGUAGAGAUUAGCAAUUCCAGAGCUGAAAUUAUCAAAAUAAUUCUAGUGAAGGUGUAUGGAGUUUAAAAACACAAUGGAGCACUUCCUGUAUUACCACAUGACAUCACAAGGUGGAACAGAGAGCUGAACUCAGUCUAAAUAUACAGGUCUGUUUGUGAUGAGGAAACAUUAUAACAUAGAUAAGAAAAUAGUGUAAUAUGGGCCCUUUAAGCUGUUCGAGGACGUGUAUGGGGCCAUGUUUUGAAUUUGUAUUUUGUUGAUUAUUAUUAUUACCUAAUGUAUUUAUGCUACAGGGCAUUUGCUAACACAAAGGGGCAUAUUUGUAACAAUUCUCUAUUUUGACCUCAAAUGAAAUAAAACCCACAUUUUC